CUUACUAAACUCACAAACUCAAAUCAAUGCUUGCAAAAGCUUACUGUCUUACAUAUCUACUUCUUCAGUUGAAAGUCUUAAUAUCAUAGAAAAACUAAAAUGGCCAAGAAUGUGAGUUUAGAUUCAAUGGACCAAAAACUAGCUUUGGCUAAGCGCUGCUCUCAUGAAGGAGUAGUUGCAGGGGCAAAAGCAGCUGUUGUUGCAUCUGUUGCUACUGCCAUUCCAACUUAUGCAUAUGGGAAGGUGUCGCCAUGGGCAAGAGCAAAUCUCAAUCCCACUGCUAAAGCCCUCAUUGUCUCCACAGCUGCUGGGAUGGCAUACUUUAUUGUAGCAGACAAGACCAUUCUAGCAACCGCAAGGCAAAACUCCUUCAAACAGGGUUAAGCCUCAACAAUUAAUGAAUCACUAAACUCUUUUAGCACUAAGUUUUACUUAUCUGAUAAUCAAUAUUACUGUAAUCCCUGUUUAAGUACAAUCAGUAGGUUAGUAGAUGGAGGCACAUGAGGUAAUUAUUAAGUAGAAAUUACCUCUAUUGAUUCCCUGUGGAGAGAGUGAAUCAAGAAUUUGAUUUUGUCUAUGUAACAGAACCAUCUACAUCUCUACUGCUGUAAAUAUAAUAAAAGUUGUUUUUUUUCUCAA